AUGACGGACCGCACGUUUCGCUCGGCGUCUACGCAAGAACUAAAUACCUACUUCAGUCCCUGUACCUUGGUGUCGACCAACACGUGGCAAUGCUGUGAGUGGCCUCGAUUGUCGGGGUUCGACGACAUGCGUGGUCGAGCUUGCGCAGCGCGCGUGUGCUUCGCGUCGCCCGGCGGCGGCCGCUCGUGUCGGGCAAUGAGCAUCUUGGGCCGAGAUGACUUGGCGCGGGUCGCACCGUGACUGCGCCCGUCUGUCGCCGGAUAUUCAUGAAGUUGAACUUGGGCGGGAGUCAUAGCACUGAUACAUCAUUUUCAUGGCGUUAUGGCAGAUUUGGACCGCUUGGAUAUGAUGUUUUAUCCCGCCCCGCCCGACGGGUACAAGACGCGGCUCGUCGUCCUGCUCGUCUGCUUCGGCUUCAUCCUCGCUCUCACGGUAACUCAGCUCGUGCUGGUCGAGACAGAGCGGCGGCGCAACAAGCAACCAUACUGGCUGUGGCGAUGGGUACGAAUAGAGGGAGAGCCCUUCCUUGUCACGCAUCAGAUCCUCAUCACGGCAUACACAGCACUCGUCGCCGGUAUUGUCAACGUCGCCUACAUCGUCUUUGAAUGGCGGAUGGCGCUCGAUCAUCGCUCGCAGCGGGAUCGCAUUGCGCGCAGAUCGACAAUCUACUUUCCGAUGGUACUCGGUGGCAUGUUGUGCAGCUUUUCGCUGCUGCAGGCGUAUGUGGUCGUCUUGAGUCGCAAGGGCCGGACAUGGUCAAAAUGGACGCUGCGCAGUUGUGUCGUCGCCUACUUCCUCUGCAUCAUCCUCUUCACAUCGGGGGUGAUUGUCAUCGCCGUUAUCGGGAACAUUGGGUAAGACUGGAUCAAUUUUUUCCCCACUCUCCUGGCCCUGUACUGACCACGCUCGACCGAUCCGUGAUCCUUGCACCAGGUGGGGAAGACUCUGGACGCUCUAUCAAAUAUUGCGGAGAGACAUCGACAAUUCUCUGCCAACUUGGCAACCAGGGACGAGGCCGGCAAUCCCGGCGUCUAUGUACGCCAGGUUCAACCAACUUCGACACAGCGCAGAACUGCCGCAUCGCACCCAGACAACGAGCAAAGCUCUUUACACGACUGUCGCCUUCAUCAAUUUGACGGUGAGCCCCAGGGACCUGGAUCGAGCCUCGCGUUCAGCUCCCACAAGUUCGGAACUGAUAUCGCCCAUUCUGCUACGCUCCUCACGAAUCAGCUCGCUUCGCUAUGCAUGGGUCUGUGGGCGAUGAUUCGACAUCAGCUGUCACGGCAUGACGAAUCGAUCAGAGGCAUCGUUGCGCACCGCGACCCGAGCGCCAUACCCACCGACACGACGAACGACGUCUUUGAUAUUGACGACUCGCGGAACGUCACACGUUCGGCGAUCCAUACGACAUCCCGGACGAAGUUCUCGUGGUCCUCUACACCCUCUUCGGAAGAUGGGAAACUCAUGUUCCCUCCAUCGUCGGCCGAUCAAUCGAAUCCACUCACGCUGUUGACCGAUUCUUGCCCCUUUUCGCAACCCGUCAAAUGGCAGGGCGCGCAAGAUCUCCGACGAGCGGGUUCGUGGGUCCUCCUCAUGGGUGGUUUCACGAUGAUCGCUUCGAUUUUAUUCGCCUGUGUGCUCACAUGGAGUUCGACCGUCGUCAUCCUCCCGUUCAUCGUCAUCCCCAGAAGCGGACGCUUCUCGACCGAAGCCGAGGUGAUCAACUUUUUGUUCCUCUGGGUCUGGGUUUUGCUCAGUAUACCCUUCGCACUUACAAAUACCUAUCAAGCGUGGCGACUAGUUGCGUCCAAGAAGAGGGCCAGAACCGUUCGCAAUGGCCAAGCCCUGGGUCCCAACGUCGUGAGGGUGAUGGAUGGAGAACGAACGUUGGGCGGGACGAACGCAGCUGAAUCGUCGGCGAUGGCAAGAUCGGUGACGCAGUCCUCGGAUGGCGCGUAUGAUUCCUUGGAAGCCUUCUUGAGGAGUUUGGAACCUCGGAACGAGGAGGUGCGAAAAGAGGCGAAGGACGAGGAGAGUGUAGCGGGCGAUCGACGAACGCAGCGUGUGAUGCAGAUGCUGCAGGUGUCGAGGUAA